ACCACCUCACAGCAGCAGCCGCUCAUGUCGCCGCUGGUUUCGAGGCCUUCAGGGCCAGCGUCGCUGCCGCAUGUUAGCUGCCCCCUGCGACGUACGUACGAGCAGCUGUGUGGCAGUGAUCCAAAGAUGCGGGCACGGUUGCUAGGAGAUGUAGCAAUUCGCUGGAUAGAGGAACAUGCUUGGCGGGGCCCCUUGGAGCUUCUGUUGGGGCGAGCAGCGCGAGAACUUGGUCUGGACCGUGUUGGACCGCUGGAGGGCCUGAAUGAGCGCCAACAGUCGGACUGGGACAGCAGCCGGCGCAAGGUUUACGGCAAGUUCCUUGCCAUCGCUGAGGCCGCUACAUGCAAGGGGGCAGAAUCCCGACCCACCGACCCACGGGUCACUCCAGCUGCUAUCUCGCGCUUCCAAGAUAUAUCGGCGUAUUUGGCUGAAGGUCUGGCCGCGUACUUGCUGGGCCAAUCGCCUCCGCCGAUUCCGCCUCCAUCGCCGCUGCCUCCAUCGAUGCCUCGGCCGCAGCAGCAGCCGCUGUCGCCGCCUUUACCACGCCCCAACAAUUUUGCGAGCCAGUGCUUUAGUGGCUCUGUAGCAAGAGCGGUACCCAACGCCGCGGCAUUCUCAGCUGCGUUGGAUAGGAGCGGAAGCUGCGGGCUGCGGGAACCAGUGCCGGC